AUGUUCAAAUGCAAAUCAUUUUAUAGCUACACAAACUGUACUGCCUAUAGUAUCUUCUAUGGCCCUCAAAACUCUGGUGGUAAUGUCGAAGUGCCAAGUUCUUUGGCACAGUGUACAGUGUAUCAGGUUGCAGUAAGAGACAGCCCUACUGAUGACCCCUUUGAUUUUCUGUCUCCUGAAAUCCAAAUGAAAGUACAAUUAUCCGAUGAUUGCAACAAGUGUCUUCGCCACCAAAGGGGCCGAUGUCAACUUGACAUUCAUGGCAACUUCCAUUGUGACCAAGGCAGUAGAAGUUCGCUUGUGAAAAUAUUGGUAAUAGGAGUUGGAGUAGUUGUUAUAGUAACUCUAUUACUAGCUGUGCUCAAGAUCUACUAUACAAGAUGGAAGAAACAAAAUCCAACCAAUCUAGUAAUUGAGGUAUUUUUGGAGAAACAUGGAUCCCUUCAAACCAAGAGGUAUGGUUACUCUGAAAUUAAGAAAGUGACCAACUCCUUCCAAAACAAAUUAGGCCAAGGAGGAUUCGGCAGUGUAUACAAAGGACAGUUACAGGAUGGACGUUACGUUGCCGUGAAGAUCCUAAAUGAAUUGAAAGAUAGCGGUGAAGAAUUCUUGAAUGAAGUUGCAAGUAUCGGUCGGACUUCUCAUGUUAACAUUGUUACUCUUCUAGGGUUCUGUUUAGAAGGUUCCAAACGAGCUUUAGUUUAUGAGUUUAUGCAAAAUGGCUCACUUGAGAAGUUUAUCUUUGAGGAAAAUAGCCAUAUAUCGGAACUCCAACUGGAUUGCCAAACUUUGUACCAUAUCGCAGUUGGUGUAGCCCAGGGGCUAGAAUACCUGCACAAAGGCUGCAAUACUAGAAUUUUUCAUUUUGACAUAAAACCACAUAACAUUCUUUUGGAUGAGAAUUUCAAUCCCAAAAUUUCAGAUUUUGGACUUGCAAAAAUUUGCACAAGAAAAGAAAGUAUGGUAUCAAUAUUUGGUGCUAGAGGAACCGCAGGCUACAUUGCUCCCGAGGUAUUUUCUAGAAAUUUUGGUGCAGUGUCGCACAAGUCAGAUGUUUACAGUUAUGGAAUGAUGGUUAUGGAAAUGGUCGGAAGGAGAAAAAAUAUCAACACUAAUGUCGCUCACACAAGUGAAAUAUAUUUUCCUCAUUGGAUUUACAACCGUCUUGAUUCAAACCAGAAUCUUGGUUUACGAAAUAUAAGAAAUGAAAUUGAUGACGAAAAAGUGAGAAAGAUGACAAUAAUGGCUCUAUGGUGUAUACAAACCAACCCUUCCACUCGACCAGACAUAAGCAAAGUGGUGGAGAUGCUUGAAGGUAGAUUAGAGCUGUUGGAAAUUCCACCUGAACCCUUUUUGCCUUCUCCUUCAAACUCUCCUGUCCAUUUCUCAAAUGAGACAUUAGAGUCCCUGAGAAUGCUAGAUGCAUAG